AUGUCCAAGCAACAGAAGAACGAGUUCUCGGAGAAGCUCAUGGUCAGCGCCGAUGGCCAGCUGAGGGCGUCUCAAAAGAUCCCCCAGAUCGCUAAACCCUUUGUCAGCGAGAAGGCACUAAAAUACCUCGACAUUGUCGAGAAGUUCGUCGAAGAAGAAUGUAUUCCCGCCGAUGCCGUAUUCAACCAAAUGAUUGGCACUUCGACAGCCGAGCGCUUCAGCGCCCACCCACCCAUCAUCGAAGCCCUUAAGAAGCGUGCACGAGAGCUAGGACUAUGGAACAUGUUCCUUCCAAAGAACCACUUCAAGGAGGGCGCUGGCUUCAGCAACCUGGAGUACGGUCUCAUGGCCGAGUACCUGGGCAAGAGUGUCAUCGCCUCCGAGGCAACCAACUGCGCUGCCCCCGACACUGGAAACAUGGAGGUGCUCGCCAAGUACGGCACACAGGCUCAAAAGGACAAGUGGCUCAAGCCUCUGCUGGAAGGCGAGAUUCGUUCUGCCUUCCUGAUGACAGAGCCCGAUGUUGCCUCAAGUGAUGCUACCAACAUCACUCUCGACAUUCGCCGCGAGGGCAAUGAAUACGUCCUCAAUGGUUCUAAAUGGUGGUCCUCGGGUGCUGGUGACCCUCGCUGCAAGAUCUACAUUACCAUGGGCAAGACGGACAAGAACAACCCCAACCCCUACAAGCAACAGAGCGUCGUUCUCGUUCCCGCCGAUACCCCCGGCGUCACCAUUCACCGCAUGCUCGGUGUCUUUGGCUACGAUGAUGCCCCUCACGGUCACGGUCAUAUCUUCUUCAAGAACGUCCGCGUGCCUGUGGAAAACAUCGUCCUGGGCGAGGGCCGUGGUUUCGAGGUUAUUCAGGGACGUCUGGGCCCUGGUCGCAUUCACCACGCCAUGAGAAGUAUUGGCGCUGCCGAGAAAGCUCUCGAGCUUUUCGUCGCUCGUGUCAACGAUCCCAACAAGAAGACAUUCGGUAAAAUGUUGAGCGAACACGGUGUAAUGGUCGAUCGCAUUGCCAGAUCGCGUGUCGAGAUCGAUGCUGCCCGUCUUCAAGUCCUGAACGCCGCUGUCGCAAUCGACACCAAGGAUGCCAAGUUUGCACUCAAGGAGAUCGCUGAGGCCAAGGUCUUGAUUCCUAACAUGGCCUUGACAGUCAUCGAUCGCGCUAUUCAGGCUUAUGGUGCUGCUGGUGUAUGCCAAGACACACCUCUAGCGAGCAUGUAUGCCCAAGGCAGAACAAUGAGGAUCGUAGAUGGUCCUGAUGAGGUGCAUCUGUUGCAGCUGGGUAGAAACGAGAACAAGAGAGCCAAGUUCUUGUUGGACAGAUUAACGCGACAGAAGCAGACCAGUGAGGAGAUGGCAGCACAGUAUGGUCUCAAGCUCAAGGAUGUGCUGCUGUUGGACCGUGUCGCUUCGGAGAAGGCCAAGCUUUAA